GUGGUGAAAACUGCGGGGUUUUUUUUUUAAAAAAAAAAGAGGCCAAGUUAUUGUAGCUUUGUUUGGAAUAUUUGAUUCCAGAGAGAGGUAGAGAGAGAGAGAGAGAGAGAGAGAGAGAAAAAAAAACAAGCCCAGAUAGUGAAGGCCGGAACGCAAACAGAAUUACCUGGACAAACUCAGCGGGUCUGGCAGCAUCGGCGGAGAAGAAAAGAGUUGACGUUUCGAGUCCUCAUGACCCUUCGACAGAACUAGACAUAUAGACUGGAAAGCAGGCGCAAGACUUCCUGAGGUGGAUCCUGUAUGGUCCUUAUCUAUCCAGGAGCUUUGAAUUUAUGAGGAUAAACCUGUAACCAUUCCUCAGGAUGUCAGUGAGCUUGGAAAGAACCAUGAGAGUUGAAGACGCACUUCACACCGAUGCAAGUAAAUGUGAAAGUUCUGAUAGACUGUGCACCCAAUCAAGUGAAGCUGACAAACAAGAAGUCUCUGAUUCUUUUAAAGAUUUGAAACUAGCUUCCCAGACAAUACUAGAAACACUCCAACAAAAUGGUCGCUCAAAAUGUCCAAAAUGCCAGAGCUCAAGGAUGUUUUAUUGUUACUCAUGUUGCCUGUUGGUAGAUGGUGUGAAUUCUGAUGAGAUACCUCAGGUUAAGCUCCCUUUGAAGAUUGAUAUUAUCAAACAUCCCAAUGAAACUGAUGGCAAAAGUACUGCUGUGCAUGCAAAGCUGUUGGCUCGAGAUGAUGUCAAUAUUUACACGUACCCCUGCAUGCCAGAUAAUGAGGAGGAAAAACAUGAAGUUGUAGUGGUGUUCCCUGGUCCGAAGUCGAUUUCCCUUGAAGAUCUUCCUAAGCACUUAUCUAACAUUGCAGAUAAGAAAUCUGUUCCCACAAGACCUUCCAAGAAUGUCCACAGCCAUGAUGAGAACAUUCCUUUGGAAGGACCAGAACUUAAACGUGCAAAACUUGACCACUGUAGUUUGGAUACUCAAAAUCCAACAGAAGAGCAGGAUGCUGGAGAGGUGAAGAUAAAAAUGGCCCCAUUAAAAAGGGUGAUAUUUAUUGAUAGUACCUGGAAUCAAACCAACAAAAUCAUUACUGAUGAACGUCUUCAAGAAUUACUUCAUGUCGAACUAAGAACACGAAAGACACAUUUUUGGCGUCGCCAGAAAGGAAAACCAGACACAUAUCUUGCUACCAUAGAGGCCAUUUACUACUUUCUAGUUGAUUAUCAUAGAUUGCUUUUAAAAGAGAACUACAAUGGGGAAUAUGACAACCUGUUUUUUUUCUAUUCAUUCAUGUACAGAUUAAUCAACAAAGCUAAGCAUGCAGCCGGAAAACUGAACUGAACUGGAGUCACUGGUGAUACUUCUACAGUUUCACAUUUCAUUAAGACACUGUAAUUUGUAAGCUAGGACUAUAUAUAUAAGCUUAUAGUAAAUUCUGCCUUUUGAUAUCUAAAUAGCAAUGAUUAAAACUUGUACAGUUUGUUUAAUUAUCUAUUGGUCUCUGAACCUUAAUGAAUUUAAACAUUUAGAAAGUACUUACCAGUCAGUGUCUUCUUUAAAGAGAUACACUAUCCUGUAUGUUUUUCAAAUAAAUGUCUUCUUCCUCCCUAAAGCAGAAAGUAACAUGGAAUAGAGAUGACAUCACUUAAGUUCUUCAUUUUAAUUUUUUGCAAAAUAAAAAUAAACUUGUUUGCAAUAUCUUAACAUUAUUAAACUAGCUAGUAGAAUUUCCUCAUAGAAAUGGUCUUCCUAUCAUUAAUGUAGGUUUAUAAACCAGAAUUUGAUGUAAAUUCAGGAUUGGUUGAAAAGCAUUGAGUCUGAACUAUUGAGCAAAAUGAACGGCAUUUCAAAGUCUACGGGGUUAAUGAAACAAAAACAGUUUUUAAAAAAUAACAACAGUCUGAGAAAAAGGAUCUAUAUUGAUCAUAUAAAGGAACAAUCAUGCUGAUUCUAAUCUGCGUUCAUAUAUUAAAUUUAUAUUUAGUUUCUCAUUAAUGAUACACACACACAUACAGUUGGCUAGACUGAAUAAUGCGAACAAGGUUUUUCUAGGGUUUACAUGGCUCUGCCACUGAACUUAUGAUGGACAGGCAAAAGAACCCACAUGAAAAUUCACCCACUAGGUAUUUUGUCUUGCUGAUUAGCAGUGUUAAUGCUGCUGUACUGGAAUGGGCAGACUAUUAUAACUCGUCUUUUGUCAUAACCUCAGUCAUUUGGUAAGGCUAUCCCAUAGGAAUAGAUUACCUCUAAUUCUCCCCGCUGCUCAAGGCAGAUUUAGAUUCUCAAUCUUUGAUAGGUGGUAAUUGGUAGUUGCCACUCUGUAUCCUCUCAAAUUGGAUUGAAACUAACAUGAGAAUAGCCAAUGCUUAUGUAGUAGCAUUUUGAACUCACAGACCACCAAACAAGAUUGUCUGUCCAAUGCAAUUAUCUGCUACUGUAGCAACGGCUCAACAGCUAAGGGCAUUCUAGGCAUUUGCUAUGUUUCCAGAAUCUAAAUAACCUGAUGAGGGAUGGAAUGAUGCAACAGGUUAUGUUGUCAAUUUUGCAAAACUAAUGCAAGGCUGUUGUUAUUCUAUUAAAUCAGUGUUACUGAAGCAGCAUGUUGGCAUAAAGUAGCAUUCCACACUGUCCUGCUUUGUGUUAAGACCACCCACGUUCACUUUGUAUUUUGGAGUUGGUUGUGUGUUACAAUUUGUGGCUAAAGGUCUCUUUCAUUUUUUCAUUAUAAAAAACAUUGUUAUUACAAGUGCAUUGCAAAUUUAAUAUAAGCCAGAGCUAAAGAGUGA